AUGGCGUACGUCGGUGAGGAAGCGACCAUCGUGCUGUCGGGUAUCGGCACCGAGCUGUCCGAUGGGAUGCUCAUGAACAUGUACCGCACUUACGGCCCCAUCGUGCGCGUCCGACACAACGGAACCAACUCUGCUCAAGUGGUUUUUGCGCAGAAGCAGCACGCAGAGAGAGCAGUAGAGGCAACGAAUGACGCUGUAGUGUACGGUAAAACGCUCAAAGUGUCGCUACAGCGCAAAUUUAAGAAAACGACGGAGCCAUGUCGCGGCUUCGCUGCUGGGAUCUGCCGCAAGGGCGACAUGUGCAAGUAUUACCACCCGGCCGCUGUACCUUCGGACGUUCAAGGGGUCCCAUCCACGCAGCUUUGUCGUCACUUUACGCGUGGAUUUUGUGCGCAAGGCUCGGCAUGCACGUUUGCACACGUGCUAGGCGUGGCCAAGGACGCUGCAGAAGCAGAAAGUGAACAAAGCGAAGAUACGCGCAUCUGUGUCGAGUGCGAGAAGCCUGAUGUUGCUGUGUGGAAGUGUUCAAAGUGUGAUAACUCGCUUUACUGCGACGACUGCAACUCGGCUGUGCAUCGCGCUCGUGUGAUGGCUAAGCACAAGCGCACAAAACUGCCUCCCAUCCCCACGCUGCCUCGUUGUGGCGAGUGCGAGGCCUCUACUGCCAGUGUGCGAUGUGAGCAGUGUGAGGUACCGUUCUGCGUCUCAUGCGACGCCAGUGUGCACAAGUUUAAAAGCUUGCGGAAACACACUCGCGUCAAACUGGCAGGCAAAGUUGAGAAGGCAAAGGCCACUAAAAAGGCCAAGGAAGAGCCAAAGGCUACGAAAGCCAAAGAGACGAAGAAAAAAGAGAAAGCGGUGGAGUCGGCGUCACGACCCAAGGUCGUCGACCCCGUACCGUACGUCGAGAGCGUCCCGCAACUCGAGUUUUCUUCGGAGUCGUCCGAGUCUGAGGACGAGGAGAUGCAGCCGCCUACUACACAGAGUACAGAUAACGAUGAACCCAUGGCCGACGCGUCUGAAACGGAGUCCGAGGAGGAUUUUGACGAUGUCAAACCGCAGGCUUCAGCCCCUGUGGCCCCUACUCCUGCUGUCAAAGAACAAGCCUCCAAUUCUUCCGACUCGGAGGCUGAAGAGAAUUUCGACGACAAACCUGCCGAUAAACCAACGCCGUCACCUGCUUCAGUUCCGAAGAUGGAGUUGUCGUCCGAUUCCGACAGCUCCGACGAUGAGGCUUCAGAACCGACCCCAGCACCAACGCCUACCGCCAAGGCAGACUCCACGCCAGCACCAACUCGUACGCCAACGUUAGCUGAAUUAUCUUCCGAAUCCGACAGCGACUCGGACGAUGAAGCUCUAGCCAAGAAACUUACUGUGAAGCAGGCGAAGAAACCAGAACCCAAGACUCCUACAAAAUCACCCGUGGCCAAGACUAAGCCGGCCGCUUCAUCAUCUUCCUCGUCUUCCUCGAGCUCAGACUCCUCAGACUCUGAAGAUGAAGCUCCUGCUAAACCUGCCAAGCCUACACCAGCACCUCGUGCACGCAACCACAAGGCAGGAGGCAUCUCAGAAGGCAGUUCGCAUACUUUGGUCAAGAAGAUUGAGGGUUUCGGUAACUCAGGUGAAGGCAACGAGCUGCACCUGGACGCCAACCUGAAUGGCUUCGAGCGUCUACUAGCACACGAUUGUGCCGAGCGCCUUGGCCUCGCACACGAGAGCAUCGGCUCUGGUCUGGAGCGUCAUAUCAUUAUCUCCCGUCAUGGAGCGAAGCGUCCUGCAGCGAGUUCUGGCCAAUCUCACAAGACCAAGAAGAGUAAGCAUCGUCACUAA